UUAUGAAAGAAUAUUAGUGACUACUGACAAUUGUUGGCAAUCCUGCUCCUACCUUUCUAAAGUUGACAAUUUCUUUUCAACAUGUCGACCCAUAAGAAGAAAACGAGGAAGUUGAGGGGCCACGUGAGCCAUGGACACGGUCGUAUUGGUAAGCACCGUAAGCACCCUGGAGGUCGCGGUAAUGCCGGUGGUAUGCAUCACCAUAGGAUCAAUUUUGAUAAGUACCAUCCAGGAUACUUUGGAAAGUUGGGUAUGAGAAAUUAUCAUUUGAGACGUAACACCAAAUGGUCUCCUUCUAUCAAUUUGGACAAAUUGUGGACUCUUGUUAGUGAGCAGACAAGAUUGAAAUACAAAGACCAUCCUGAAGGAAAAGCUCCAGUUAUUGACAUUGUCAAGGCUGGCUAUUACAAAUUGUUGGGUAAAGGGCGCCUUCCUAAACAACCUGUCAUCGUUAAAGCUAAAUUCUUCUCUAAAUCAGCAGAAGAAAAAAUCAAAGCUGUUGGAGGAGCGUGCGUUUUAUCGGCUUAAUUUGUAACAAAAAUACAUUUUAUAAGUUA